AAAAUUUUCAUACAGAUUUUUCACAGUGUAUGGAAAUUGGAAAUUUAAAUUAGAGAUUAAUUAAAUAUUUAUCAUAAACAAAUAUUGUAUACCUCAACAGUUAUCAUGGAUCCAGAAGAAAAAGAUGCCUGUUACUUUUUACAACUACCAGAAGAAUUAAUUGGGCUCAUUUUAAAGAAAAUGGAAUUGAAAGAGAUAGUAACUCUUGGACAAACUUGCAAAUCAUUUUACAGUUUAAUUUACAAUGACCACCUUCUUUGGAAAAACAGAUGCUUAGAAACAUUACCUGAUCAAAUACACAAAACUGUUGAAACAUAUUGCCGUGGAAAUUGGCUGAAGGAAUUGAAAAAAUUUACCAUCAUCAAGAAAGCUGUUGAAGCAAAAUUAAUGUUAAUGUCUCCAAAGUUUUGCUGGAGAAUCAAUCAAAUAACAUUAGAUGAUAUAAAGGACUUUUUCAUAAUAGCUGCUGAAACUGAGCGAAGUUAUUUCUACACAAUAUCUGUAUUACAGAAUACUGUGCAAAUUGCUCAAAGGAAACUCGAGAAGAACAAAGGAGAAAAACCAUUUACGCUGACAGACAUUUACUAUGCCAAAAUAAUACUACAAUAUUUAAUGCACACUUUUCUUGCUAUAAAAUGGGUCAAGAAACACAUGCAGCAGCAGUUGCGUCCAGAAAUCGUAGUUAACUUUUUCGCACAAUGGGUUGAUCCAGCUAAUUUCUAUUUUGAUGAAAAUGUUGAUGAAAUGUUAACUGACAUAGUUGAGGAAGUCAAAGAUGCGAUACGUGCUGCACGAGCUAUAAAACCACCUCCACCGGGAUGGAAGAAGGUUACCGACAGGGAAGUGCUUACUGCGAUGUCGAAGGUGCUGGUUCAACAGAGACAUAUUGCCAUCACGACAUCAGCUGACCUGGCCUCAUUGAGCAUUGUGAAAGCUUUAAAAAACAAAUGCAGCAACGGUAUCGUCCUCGCUGCGAUCUGGCAAGCCGUUGCAAGGAAAUGUGGUGUCAAGUUGGAGCUGAUUGCAUUCCCCAACCAUUUGUUUUUGGAGUGGAUGGAUGAUUAUGACGAGAAAAAUGUUCGCUGGUACACCAUCUCUAUGAGCACUGGAGAAUUGAUACCAAAACGCCGAUGCCCUUUUUCCCAGACCAACGCCCGUUCCAACUAUUCCUACUGCCCUGAUUCCUUACUUCAAUAUGUUUAUUCUUCGUUUCUUCUCACAAUGGGCGCGAUCAGAAAUUGGCACACACAAAAUGCAUUAUUCAUGCUGAACUUUUUGGGGACAAAUCAAAAUGAUCAAAAUCCAUAUAAAAACUUUUUCCAAUAUCUGAUUGAGGAUGGAGAAUUGUGCACAACCAAUUUACCUAUAGAUAUUAAAUAUCUGAAGAAGGUGUAUCGAAAUAGUAUUCUGUCUUUGUCGACACUAAAUAAACCGACAGAGACAGCGAGUCACGAUGUGGUGGUAAAGAAACACAGCAGCAAUGUGCUGUACGCCGUGGGCAUGGUCUGCUACCACAAGAGGUUCGACUACAUCUGCAUCGUGCGCGGCUGGGACCUGAACGGCGACCACCUGGAGACGGUCAAUGACCUGUUCUUCGGACGGAAGCAACCCUUCUAUCGCGUGACGGCGGCAGAUCAAUCCGAGAGAUAUGUAGCUCAAGAGAAUCUUACCGAAGUGCUGCGUCCAAGUCGAAUCUACCACUUAGAGCCUCAGAUAUCGAAGGAGUUCUCUCACUUUGAUGGCUUCGCGUAUGUCCUGAACGACGAAAAGAAAGUACAAUAUCCAGACGAAGAGGCGAUCAUCGAAGUGCACAGGAACAAAGCUCUAUGUAAAAGGGACUAUUAAUAUGGUUUUAAUAUAUACACAUGGAAAUUAGGCAGAACAAUACCUGUACUAAAUUCUCCAUUUUUUAGGAAGUAGCGAAGCCCUUUAACGCAUUAAUGUACAAUAAACAACUAGACUAGAAAAGUGUCAAUAGCAAAACUCUGCCUACGGAUCUAUUAGGCAGAGUUUUCGUUCAAAGACUUUGAACAACGGCUAUAUAACAACACGAAUCCAUCAUAGAACACGUUUUUUGUUUACAAUAACCAAGCUUGUGUAUCUAGCAACCAGUAACAUAAACUGCAUAAUGAUAGCUCGACUAUUGUAAACACAAGUGGCUAUAGUGUAUCUGUUUAUGUUAGUUUUCGUUCAUCGACUUUGAACAUUAGUGCCACGAAAUUAAGAACAACUUAAAAAAACGAAAAUAAGGUGUUAAUUUGAAUGAAUGUUUUAAUGUUAUCUGUAUAAGUAAAUGUAUAUAUAAACAAUGUAAGUCAGACAUUAAAAAACCUUUACUAGGCGAGGAGUCUAUUUUUAUAGUAUGUCAAUGCCUUUGCGCCUAAUUUCCGCUUCCUCUCUGUUAGUUUAUUAUAACAUAGUGUUGUCUAUAUUCAUCUAUACCUACAUCAUGGCAUCCUUCAUAACCUUAUAAUGUCCAUCCGUGCCCGUGACUUGUCGGGAUACUCGUUUUCGUUUGGUGUAGAGCUAGGUACUCAGCUCAUUAUAUAUAUUUGUGGGUUAAUAUUAUUUUAAAGGCGUAUGUAGUGUACUAUAUAUUGGCUUUUGACGACCGAUAUACAAGUUGAUGUCAAAGUUUAAACAUACACUAAAUUAGUUUUUGGGUAUCAACUGGGUAAGGUUAAUUAAUAGGUAUACUUUAGGCCAGUACUCACGUUUCUUACAUUCCAUAACAUAUUAUUGACAGCAACUUUCUUGAGCGCUGAUUAUAUAGUGGCCUAGUACAGUGCAGGCCUUUAAGUCGUAAAAUGCCAAAUUUUAUUAGUAUGUUAAGACUUUGUGUAUGCCGAAUGCGCUAUUCAAAUUAGAAUGUUAACAUCAAAUACUUUUUGAAGCAUUAAAACGUAUGUAAUUAUAAGUUUAACAAUAAUUAUUUGUUAAAAUGAAUAACAUGAGUUUUAAUUCUUUAAGAAGUAUUAAAAUAAAUGUAUGUUACUCACUAAUACUGUCUUAUUAAUAAACGCAAUGAGAAGUUACUCCAAGUUUAAAAUUUCUUCUCCCUGUCAUGUAAUUCUGUAGUGACAUAGGUAAGAUAAUGACAAAAAGUUAAAAAAACAAAGAAAAAUUAAUUUCGCGUUUAUUAGUAACAAGGAUAAUGUAAAUAUGUUAUUGCUGUGAACAAGUGUUAAUCAAAUGUGGCAUCGGAUGCUAUAUAUAGUGGAUAUAGAAAUAUUAUUUAUUGAUUAAAUGUUGUAGGCAA